CGCGAUCUGAAGCAGAUGCGGGGUUCACAGGCGGCACAGCCACCAGCCGCCGAGCGUGCUAUGCCUCUGCGCUGCGAGAUAACCAGACAGCUAAAUGGAGUCUGAACAGCUGUUCCAUAGAGGCUACUAUAGAAACAGCUACAACAGCAUAACAAGCGCGAGUAGCGAUGAGGAGCUCUUAGAUGGAGCAGGUGCUAUUAUGGACUUUCAGACUUCUGAAGAUGACAAUUUGUUAGACGGUGACACAGCAGCUGGAACUCAUUAUACAAUGACAAAUGGAGGCAGCAUUAAUAGCUCUACACACCUGCUGGAUCUUUUGGAUGAGCCCAUCCCGGGAGUUGGUACAUAUGAUGAUUUCCAUACUAUCGACUGGGUGCGAGAGAAGUGUAAAGACAGAGAAAGACACAGACGUAUCAACAGUAAAAAAAAAGAGUCAGCAUGGGAAAUGACAAAAAGUCUUUAUGAUGCCUGGUCAGGAUGGCUUGUAGUUACAUUGACUGGACUGGCAUCAGGCGCACUAGCUGGAUUAAUAGACAUUGCUGCUGACUGGAUGACUGACCUAAAGGAGGGCAUUUGCCUCAGUGCAUUGUGGUACAACCAUGAACAGUGUUGUUGGGGGUCUAAUGAAACAACAUUUGAAGAGAGGGAUAAAUGCCCACAGUGGAAAACAUGGGCAGAAUUAAUCAUAGGCCAAGCAGAGGGCCCGGGGUCUUAUAUCAUGAACUACAUAAUGUACAUCUUUUGGGCUUUGAGUUUUGCCUUUCUCGCAGUUUCCUUGGUGAAAGUAUUUGCUCCAUAUGCCUGUGGCUCUGGAAUUCCAGAGAUUAAAACUAUUUUGAGUGGAUUCAUCAUCAGAGGUUACUUGGGAAAAUGGACUUUAAUGAUUAAAACCAUCACAUUAGUGCUGGCUGUGGCAUCAGGCCUGAGUUUAGGAAAGGAAGGUCCCCUGGUACAUGUUGCUUGUUGCUGUGGAAAUAUCUUUUCCUACCUCUUUCCAAAGUACAGCACAAAUGAGGCUAAAAAGAGGGAGGUGCUGUCAGCCGCCUCAGCUGCAGGUGUUUCUGUAGCUUUUGGUGCACCGAUUGGAGGAGUUCUUUUUAGUUUGGAGGAGGUUAGCUAUUAUUUUCCUCUGAAAACUUUAUGGAGAUCAUUUUUUGCUGCUUUGGUAGCAGCAUUUGUUUUGAGAUCCAUCAAUCCAUUUGGUAACAGCCGUCUGGUCCUUUUUUAUGUGGAGUAUCAUACACCAUGGUACCUUUUUGAACUGUUCCCUUUUAUUCUCCUGGGGGUAUUUGGAGGGCUUUGGGGAGCUUUUUUUAUUAGGGCAAAUAUUGCCUGGUGUCGCCGACGCAAGUCCACCAAAUUUGGAAAGUAUCCUGUUCUUGAAGUCAUUAUUGUUGCAGCCAUUACUGCUGUGAUAGCCUUCCCCAACCCAUACACGAGGCUCAACACCAGUGAACUCAUCAAAGAGCUGUUUACAGAUUGUGGGCCACUGGAAUCCUCUUCACUUUGUGACUACAGAAAUGACAUGAAUGCCAGUAAAAUUGUUGACGAUAUUCCUGACCGUCCAGCAGGCGUUGGAGUAUAUUCAGCUAUCUGGCAGUUAUGCCUAGCACUCAUAUUUAAAAUAAUAAUGACAGUAUUCACUUUUGGUAUCAAGGUUCCGUCAGGCUUGUUUAUCCCCAGCAUGGCCAUUGGAGCAAUUGCAGGGAGAAUUGUGGGGAUCGCCGUGGAACAGCUGGCCUACUAUCACCACGACUGGUUCAUCUUCAAGGAGUGGUGUGAGGUUGGGGCCGACUGCAUCACGCCUGGGCUUUACGCCAUGGUUGGCGCUGCUGCUUGCUUAGGUGGUGUGACAAGAAUGACUGUCUCCUUGGUGGUUAUUGUUUUUGAACUUACUGGGGGCUUGGAAUAUAUUGUUCCUCUUAUGGCUGCAGUAAUGACCAGUAAAUGGGUUGGUGAUGCCUUUGGUAGGGAGGGUAUUUAUGAAGCACAUAUCCGACUAAAUGGGUACCCUUUCUUGGAUGCAAAAGAAGAAUUCACUCAUACAACCCUGGCUGCUGAUGUCAUGAGACCUCGAAGAAGUGAUCCUCCCUUAGCUGUUUUGACACAGGACAAUAUGACAGUAGAUGACAUAGAAAACAUGAUUAAUGAAACCAGCUAUAAUGGCUUUCCUGUUAUAAUGUCAAAAGAAUCUCAGAGAUUAGUGGGAUUUGCCCUCCGAAGAGACCUGACAAUUGCAAUAGAAAGUGCCAGAAAAAAACAAGAAGGUAUUGUUGGCAGUUCUCGGGUAUGUUUUGCACAGCAUACGCCGUCUCUUCCAGCAGAAAGUCCUCGGCCAUUAAAACUGAGAAGCAUUCUUGAUAUGAGUCCUUUUACAGUAACAGAUCACACCCCAAUGGAGAUUGUGGUAGAUAUCUUCCGAAAGCUGGGUCUGAGGCAGUGCCUUGUAACUCACAAUGGGGUUGUCUUGGGGAUCAUCACAAAGAAGAACAUUUUAGAGCAUCUCGAGCAACUAAAGCAGCACGUGGAACCCUUGGCGCCUCCUUGGCAUUAUAACAAAAAAAGAUAUCCUCCGUCAUAUGGCCCAGACGGCAAACCAAGACCCCGCUUCAAUAAUGUUCAACUGAACCCUGAAGAUGAGGAGAGAGAGGAGACAGAAGAGGAAAUGCAUUUGUUGAAUAGCACAAUUCUUUAAUUUGAGGGACUCGUCUGCUUUUUUCUUCUUUUAAAAAACAGGAAAGGAAAUACAAGCCGAGAGCUUUUGCAACCAGGUUUGCAAAUAAUGCUGGGAGAACAAAGGGAUUGUUUGGGGAGGGAGAAGGAAAAGGACUGAGGUAUUUCCCUAACUGACUGGAGCAGUAAUUCAUCUCAUGUUGUUCUGCACUGGUUGCAUUCACUGAGGCUAUGCAGUGGGAGUACAGGCUUGAGCCUCCAUGGAGCCUUCACUGGAAUCCUCAAGCACCCGGCUGUCACUUCAGCACCACAGAGACGUAUUACCAGUCCCUAUUUCUGGAGGGAUUACUUUGAAUUGAGCCAUCUAUUAAGACUGCAAGGUCUUGCCCUUUUAUAUCAGAAUUGUUCUGUUUAACUCAUGAAUUGUAUAGUUAAGCAUCACCUUUCUACAUUCCAAAAGAGCUUCUCCUCUCCCCUCUCUUAAGCUGUAACAAAACCUCUUUGAAUUGGUGUGUCCUUUUGAAGCAGUCCUUUCUCAUAUUGAGAUGUAUUGUGAUUUUACUGAGGUUUCAUCACAAGAAGGGAUGUUUCUUGUGCCAUUAACCAUGUCGUUUGUACCAUCACUAAAGGCUUGGAAGCGUGCACACACACACACACCACUGCUGGCCAAGCAGGUCAGAUCUGGAGGUGUAAAUGACAUCCCCUAGCUUGUGUGCUGUGUGUUUCAGAAUCAAAAACAAAUGUGAUUCUAAUCAGUUUUAUUUUUUUCCUCUCAGACUUUAUGGAUAAUGUGAUCUAGUCUUAUGCAAAUUUUCUAUUUCUAAAGUUACUACUAUGACAUAAAAGUGCUGUUCAGCAUAAUUAAACCAAAUGCUGCUGCUGUGAUGGAGGGAAGGAAGGAUUCUGUUUAGCUGUACCUGGUAUUGAUUGCAUGUUAAACACUGGAGCUUUUUUCUUCAAAUUAGAUCAUUCUUUUAUUUCAGGAUGUUCCACUGCUGACACUGGAGAUGAAAUGUAAUUCAUAACUUGCACUAAAUGUAUAUUUCUUUUCUUAAAAAUUUACCAUUCUUAUUUAUAUUUUUAUGGAUUAAAAUUUAUAAAAUACAGAUCAGUUAAUAUUGCACUUAAAUAAUUUUACCUUUUUAAUGUGAUUUCUUUUAUACAGACUAAUUCUGACUUACAAAUAUGGAGGUAUGAACAACGUUUACAUUAGGCACAAGGAUUUAAGCAGAGGUGAUCACUUCUGUGAUACAGAGUGCACAUAAUACCUUCUGAUUUCUCACUGCCAUCUCCUGGGUUAUGUCCUUUGACCUGUCCAUUCUGACCCACAAACUGGAAAGUUGAAAAUAACCUAAACUAUUACUAGUAGAUUAAAGCCAAACCUUUUUUUUUUUUUUUUUUUUUUUUAGAAAAAUCAAACAAAAUGAAAACUAUAAAAUCACAAUGUGAGUAUAACCUUUGAAUCACAGGGUAGGUCCCAGCCAUACCUGAAGUGUUCACUGAUGAUUUAAAUAGCUAUAAUGCACAUUUCUGCAGGAUUAGUUAUAAGAGGUACCUCUCAGUACUUGGAAUUGUUACUGGAAAUGUCUGCUUUAAUCAUGGUCUUAAUUCACGACUGGCAAAGGCAGUUUGCUCACCAGACUGGCCCAGAUACUCCGAGUAUGAAAUUUUGGAAGGCAAAUGCAUCCAUACAAACAUUUUCUGAAACAACUGGUAAUGAGCCGUUUUUAAUAUAUAAUGAGAUCACAUUAGAUCUGUAUGAUCUUGAAGACUCAAACAACCAGGAAGCCAUAUUAGAAUGAUCCAGAAUUCAUCAUCAUUUUAGAAUUACUCAGCUGUGCUGUCUGCCACCAAUAUUUUUUCUUUUACUUCUGCUGGCAGAUUUUAAGAUUUUUCAUAACCCCUUCAUUGUUUGGCUAAACUGAGUGAACUCAUUUUUAAUGAUAGUUGUGUAACUUAUAUUUGCAGUGUGCAAGGCACUGCUGGUACAAACUCUUCAGCAUGGCCAAAAGGUUUGACUCAGCCCCUUCUGGGUUCCAAGUCUUCAAAGGAGAAGCCAGUUUCUUUGCAACUUUACACAAAAACUGCACAUGGUUUUAUUUUCUACAUUUGCUUUCAGACUCUGCUUUCAGACCCUUGCUUCAGAGACCGACAUUUCAGGAUACAUAUUAAAGCAUUCAUUUUCUUUGUUACAUUUCUCUUUCUGAUGUGUCUUACUGCUGAAAUAUAAGAGAAGUGCCGUGUUUUUAAUGUGCUCAGAGCUUUGGGUCUUUUUUUUCUUGAGUGUUAACAUAUGUUCUGUUUUUCUUUUUUCAUUAAGGUGUGGUUGCUUUCCAACCACAUAAGAUAGUGAAUGCCGUGAACUACACGUGCCUAGCUAAUUGGCAAACUUACUGACCAAUAUACUUAGUGCAGCGCCUUAUUUGAGUACCCUUUUUGAGACGGUAUGAUGAAAAUGGGCAAACGUGUCAGCAUCUCUUAUUAAUAAUUGUUUUUACUUUUGGUUUUUGAAGAAUGCUUAGUUUGUUAAUCUGUGCUGUUGCUUAGAGCUGUAUUUAUCUGUUUUUAUUUAUACUAGUGUAGUAAAGCUGCAUAUCAUUACAGUAUAACUUAUUACUGUGAUGAGUUAAUGAGAAGAUCUAUUAAAAUCUCUACUUCAA